GGGCAACUCACUAGUUGGCCUGGACCAUGAGCAAUGAGUCUACAGUCUGGAACAUCCUACCAGAAAACUCCACUGUCGCAGUUGAAGCGGAGGAGCAGAGGAAUGGCUAUGUGCUCCUCUUGGUGAUUCUGUCCAUCUUUCUGGUAGGAACCCUCACCGUCACAUCCGUCCUCCUCAUCUUCUGCCGCCGCUGCUAUCAUGGAGGCAAAUGCUGUAGAAGGACCAGCGAUGACCCAGAGAAAACCACCACCACCUACAUGGAGGAGUCACACCCCACCCAUGAAAUCACCAUCAGGGUGGAUGAGUCAGACUGCCUGUCCAUGGCCAGUUCUCAUGACCAGGAGACGGAGCGCUUCCUGUCCACGGGCACCACCGGCCGCCGCGUGUCCUUCAAUGAAGCUGCACUGUUUGACCACAGCAAGAAAGCUCAGGAAAAGGGGCGCAGGUACACUCUGACAGAGGGUGACUUUCAUCACCUGAAGAAUGCGCGGCUCACAAACCUCAACAUCCCGUCUCCAGCUUUGAAGAUCGUCACUAUCCAUGAGUGUGACUCUGCUGAAAACACCAUCACCAUGACAACGUGCCCACCUGCCAAAUCUGCACUCUCCAUCUUUCAGCCAAUGCUGUGUCCCUUGCCACAGACAGCUCUGACCAGUCUAAGCCCCAGUGGUGCGCUGCCUGGAGAUGCUCUUAACUCUGUGGUGGACACCAACUUCAACCAGAAGAUCAUGGCACUGAGCCCCAAGGACAAACACCUGAGCUCUAUUGAGAUGAUGGCAGCUGGGGCCCGGGGCAGCAGCAGCAGUGUCACUGAGGGACCUCAUGAGGGGACCAGCACCCCCCCUCUUAUCAGCGGAGCAGGGACCCAGGGGCCCAUGCUCCAGUUCUUCACCAAACUGAGGCGCCAUGCCAGUCUGGAGGGAGCCAGUCCAUACUUGAAGAUCAAAAAGUGGAAGCUGGACAGCAGCCAGAGAGCCUCCAGUCUGGACACAAGAGGUUCACCAAAGAGGAGGCAGUUCCAACGCCAGAGAGCAGCUAGCGAGAGCAUGGACCAAGAUGAUAGUGAUACACACCACAUAGACCUUAUCCAGUACAUCGCCCGCACCCGGGACACCCCCUACAGGCCAAGCCAAACCAGCACGCGGCUCCUCUCCCCUCCCUCCACUCCACCUCCCUCACUCGGCAGGGUAGAGGUGGAAGUCAUGGUGGAACCAAGCUCCAGCCAUGAAGGACCAGGGGUGAUUGGCCUAUCUCCUGAUCCCCAAGAUGAAGCACUGUCCCUGGAGAAGAGGGAAACCCCCAACUCCUUGGACAUGGCUGAUUCCCAGGACCCCCAUACACUUUACAGAGACAUCUGGACGCUGCGUGCCACACUGGAGCAGUACGCUGCCUCUGACCAAAGCAGCAACAACGACAGGAACUCUGUGUGUAGUGAUGCUGACAGUGUGUGCUCGCUGGGAGGGCGCACUGAGGCUGAAAGGGGGGGGCUGCCCAGCUGCCCAUCCCAGGACUUAGGAGACGAUGCAGAGUGUGGUGAGGAGGAGAAAGAGUUUUUUAUGUUUACAGAGGAGAAAUUGGAGAGGAAAGAAGUAAGAAAACGCAAACAGGAGAGCACUGAUUCAGAAAGAGGCAGUGACGGAGAAACAUCAACUCGUAAACUGCUGCAGAUGGACAGUGGCUACGCCUCUAUAGAGGCUCCAUGUCGUGGUCCUGAGGAGUUCAGACUGUUUGGCAGUGGCAGCAGCAGUCCCAAGGACAGAACAGCUCAUGAGAAGAGACACAAUUUCACCCGUGCAGGACGCUCUGGCACUAUCGGGGAGAGUUUUGAGUCUCAUCUCUUUGAGGAGGAUCCUGACGAUGAGCUCUCGGGGGCCAGCGGAGGAGUCUCCAUCGAAACAGGUGCCAGUUCUUUGAGCUGGCAGCCAUACGGUCAAAUGCUUAUACCUCGAGAAGCAUCUCAGCCUUCAUUCAGUCCUCCUGCUUUGCAUCGUCGAGAUUACAGCAUAGACGAAAAAACAGAUGCACUCUUUCAUGAAUUCCUCCGCCAUGAUCCCCAGUUUGAUUUACAGGACUCACCGCUCAAAAAACACAGGUCAAGGAUUCACCUCCGAAAGCAGUGGCAGCGGCACAAGCAGUGGAGCGAUCCUGGAGUCAGACAUUUUCAUUCAUCUUUUGAGAGACAAAGAACUCCUCUUAGACGAGGCGAAAGUGUUAAUUACCCCAUAGACACGAGCUACCACAGCACACUGCCUCGGAUUGUCAGCGCACCUGAUGAGGAGAACAGCGAGGGGACCGGCAGCACUCCACAAACUCCAAAGAUUGUAACCACCGCUACUAAGGAUGAAUCAAAGGAUCAGGAAGCUACCAUCACCUCUGCAUCUCCUCCACCCUCUCACACAGACCAUGACCCCCCUGAACAUGAAGAAACCAAACAGUCCUCCAUACCACCCGAGCCUCCAGAUGAACCUUCCCGGGCCCCUGACUCCUCUGGGUAUGGCCCUCAAACCAUAACAGCAGAGCUAACAGACAAACUAAGCAUUCAUCUUGACGAAAGGCUAUACAUAGGCCUUCGACGAACCAAGGACUCCGCUGCAGCUGAGUGUGUGACAGUAACAGCCACACACACCUCCCCUGACCACAGCCCAGUGUAGCAGGGCUCAAGAGCUCCUAGUCACUCCUGUGAUAUUUCAUUCUGUUUAGAUGUCUCUGUAUACUAAGGCUGGACUGAAACCACCAGAAAAUAACUACAAAUUAAUUUCCCAAGUAAUGUUUCCUUAAUACUAUAUAGUAUACCCUCAAUUUGGACUCAUAUACACUCAUAUAUGUUUGUAUUUAUUCACAAACAUAUUUCUCAAACAUAUUUAAUAUUUCUGUGUGCCUGUACUGUGUUCGGGGUGUUUAGUUUUAGCUCAUUUCCUGCGCUCAAAGUAAAAGUGAAUAAGUGCAGGUAAAUGUGUUCAAUCAUCCACUGUGAAACCUGGUGCUAUUAGGAAAUAGACAGCUUCACUUUCGGACACGACCUGCUAGAGUGCAUAGAACAUAAGCAAGGUAAUCUGUGCGGUAAACGCUUAGUAAAUGCUCAGAAAUAUUCAAGUAAUCUUUGCCAAUAUCACUUUUUUGUUUAAUGUUUUUGUAUAUCUUCAGUUUAUUUAAUGAGUUUCCAUUGUGAUGGUUC